AUGCUAGUCACCUCUCUCCCACAAUUCCAUGAGUACAGUAUAUACGUAUACUUGUUCUGUGAUGUCAAGAAUAGUGCUGAAUUGCGUGGUAAAGUUGCUGAACUUCCUUUUGCCCUAAUUGAUGCUUCCGCAAUAUGCUCCAGAGAGCAGCUAUUUUCAGCAAUUUAUAAGACUAUACUCGAAAAUACCUAUAACAGAAUACGCACCAAGUCUCUAAAUUCCGAAUGCAUACUUUCCCUGUCACCUACUUCCAAUAUUGGGGAAGCUUUCAGAAGAUUUGGCAUCAAUGAGCAUAGCUCUAAUAUAGUAUGCUUGGCAAUUGUUCCUAAAAGUGAUGCCUUUGAUUCCAAUUUGGCUCUCAAAGUAGUUGACGGCGAAGAGCUCGACUUUUCGGAUGAAAACUUGGCCACAAGGUUCAAAAUUGAUGUGAUUAAAAAGGUAUGUUAUUAA